AUGCUGUGGGGCUUCCUAGCGCGCCCCGUUUCAGAGGUGCCGGGCCCCCUGAACAUGCGUAACGGCUCCAAGCAUCGCAUUAUGGUCAUGAAUAGGUCUGGAGAAGAUCUUCAGAAUAUCACCGACCGGCGGGGCAACAAGCUUUUCUUGAAGAGCGCCUUCCGCCUCGGCAUGCGCGUGAUAGAUGGCUACGAAUACGCCCACCGCUACGAGUGCAUCCAGGCCGAUGUCAACGCGUCCAGCCUGGUUCCUGGCUUUGGUGAAGACAUUCAAGAGAAGGUGUAUCUGGUGUACCAUAGCGUGGUCUGUUGCUACAUGAAAACCGGCAAGCACAAGGAAUACAAGGAAGAUACCAGGAAGGUAUGCGACGGCACCAUUGAGUUCAGGAGCGGGGACCCUCGCAUCGGUGCACCCUUGCUAAUGGGUGACAUAGAAAUCCUGGGAUACAAUCUGCUCCAGUGGCUUUGUUACCGACUGCCCCGAGAGGACAACCUCAAGAACCCCAAGUACGUCAGCGAACAGAUCAGGACGCAGUUGGAAAACAUCCCCCUGCUGAAGGCUAUUAAGGAGGCGGGUUUGAAGCCCGACAGUAGGCGACUCAUCACGCCACCUACGACGACGCCGCGGUAUUACUUGUUCUCGCCAAAGAAGCCCGUGCAGCAAGAAAUGAUCCUCGCCGAGGACAUCAUAAGCGAUAGCGGGGGCAAGAACGUUGUAAAACAGCCGCCACCUGCCAUGGUCGCUCGCUGCCGCUCGACGCCGGUUCGGAAAAGUAAGCGCCGGUCGCCCGCGGCAACCAAGUCCUGCUCGGGGAUCGCCUGCCUCGUCAAGCGGGACCUCUAG